AUGAUAUUAGUUUUUUUGAUGAAAGAAAAAUUGAAAAAUUAAAAAGGAUUUUUGGUUUUAAAGAAAUUAACAUGAAUAAUGAAGUUGAAGAUAAAGAAAGAUAUUUAAUUACUAUAUUAUAUAAAGUAAAAGACAAGAAAAAUAAAUUUAAAUUGAGAUGGAACGUAGAUGAAGGACGUUGGAAAAUAAUGAAGUCAACAGAAAAUAUAAGUCGUCAAGCUAUAAUAGAUAUUGUAUCUGGUAGAAACGAAUUACCUGAUUUACGUUUCUUAUUGAAAUCCCAACAUCGUUCAUCUUCUAUCAACGAAAAAUAUUGUAAUACAAUCAAUAAUUUACAAAAAUCAACAAAUUUCCUCAAAAGAAUAAAUUCUAUUAACAACAACAAAGAAAAUUCGUCUAAUUAUAAUGAUAAGAUGUAUUUCAGGCAAGAAGAUUUUGAUGGAAUUUUUAAUUGUACAGGCAUUAGACAAUCUAUCAUCAAAAAGCAACUGAUCAACGAUAAAUACCGGAUAGAUUUCAUUUCCACUUUGCAAGAUGAAGAUGGCAUUGAAACUUCGGAAAAUACCGUCAAUUUAAUCAACCUUUCUUGGAUUUCUUCGUCUUCUCUCAGCGAAUGUGAAUCCAUCGCAACUAUGAAUCCUAAUAAUUCAAAAUUCAGUAAUUCAAUUAUUGAAUCAAUUAAUUAUGCUAGAAAAAUUUCUAAAACAAUUUGAAGUUCG